AUGUCAAUGUCGACGCUAUCGUGGUCCGCCUUGGCCGAAGAAGUCUUGCGUGGUCAUCAACUGACCGUAGAAGAAGGUCUUUCCAUUCUUCACUCGUCGGAUGAAGAACUGCUGGACGUGAUGUCCGCUGCGUUCAAGAUCCGCCGCCAACACUUUGGCAAGACAGUCCAACUUUACCAGUUGAUGAAUGCCAAGAGCGGUCUCUGUCCUGAAGACUGUGGUUACUGUUCGCAGUCGAAAGUUUCCGAUGCCGAGAUUCCCAAGUACAACUUCCUAAGCCGUGACAAGCUGAUGGAAGGGGCCAAAGUUGCCGCCGAACGGGACGUGAAGACCUACUGCAUCGUCAUUUCGGCUCGGGGUCCGAAUGAACGGGAAAUGAAGGCGGUCGAAACAAUCGUUCCUGAGAUCAAAGAAAAGUACGAUCUCAAGAUUUGCGCUUGCUUGGGGCUGCUUUCCCCAGAACAAGCAGAUCGACUGAAGGCCUGUGGCGUCGACCGU